AUGCUCACAUAUGAAAACAUAACCAUUGGUCAACGUGUUGACGUUUUUCAUCAUGAUCAAAUACUUUAUGGAACCGUUCUCUAUAAAGGUCCUAUUAUAGGACAUCGUGGAAUAUGGCUUGGAAUUGAUUUAAGUACUCCAGAUGGUGAUAAUGAUGGAACUUUGAAGGGACGUGUUUAUUUUCGAGCUCCACUUAAUUAUGGAAUAUUUACGACCAUUGAUAAUGUACGUUUGCCAGAGGGUUUUAAACGAAAACGACGAUCAAUUUAUCGAACUGUGAAUAAAAAAAGUAUUGUUGAAGAAGAAUUAUUUGGUAAUACAGAUCCCGUUAGCGUACCUGCUCCAUCUUCUAAUGCAAGUAUUUCUAAUACUAAAGUAAAAUUUUCACUAAAAAACCCACAUGAACGUUCACAAUCAAGUCUUUUUCCUGAAAAUGAAACACGAUAUCCAUUAUCACAAACAUUAGCCAAAACAUACGAUGACAAAAUUAGAAAGAAACGUGAACAAGACCGUAGAAUGUCUACUAGUCAAAUCGAUACAACUGAAUUUACAUUUGCGCCUUCACCAUCGAUUCCACCAAUUUUCAUGCCACCAAGUGAAGUUCACCGUGCUAAACGAACAGGUUUUUUAGGCAUGAGUAUACCUCGCUAUACAGUUGUCCAUGAUCAACAUGAUUUUCUUGAAUGA